ACGGCUCCGUGCAUUGCCAUAGAAACCCGUGAGCGCUGAGGGGCGAACGGAGGAGACUCCCGGGUCCUGAGGACCAGGGCGCCAUGUCUUUCCGCGACCUCCGCAACUUUACAGAGAUGAUGAGAGCCUUGGGAUACCCUCGACAUAUUUCUAUGGAAAAUUUCCGCACACCAAAUUUUGGACUUGUAUCUGAAGUGCUUCUCUGGCUUGUGAAAAGGUAUGAACCUCAGACUGACAUCCCUUCUGAUGUUGAGACUGAACAAGACCGAGUUUUCUUCAUUAAGGCAAUUGCCCAGUUCAUGGCCACUAAGGCACAUAUAAAACUCAAUACUAAGAAGCUUUAUCAAGCAGACGGGUAUGCAGUGAAAGAACUAUUGAAGAUCACCUCUGUCCUUUAUAAUGCUAUGAAGACCAAAGGUAUGGAGGACUCUAAUAUAGGAGAGGAAGAUAUCAGCAAAUUCAAGUUUGACCUUAGCUCAAAGAUUGCAGAUUUGAAAGCAGCCAGGCAGCUUGCUUCUGAAAUCACUUCCAAGGGAGCAUCUCUGUAUGACUUGCUGGGCAAGGAGGUGGAGUUGAGGGAACAGAGAACAGAAGCAAUUGCCAGACCUCUGGAAAUAAUUGAGACUGAAAAAGUGAUGAGAAUUGCAAUAAAAGAUAUUUUGGUGCAGGUUCAGAAGACGAAAGACCUGCUCAAUAAUGUGGCCUCUGAUGAAGCUAACCUAGAAGCCAAAAUUGAUAAGAGGAAAUUAGAGCUGGAGAGAAAUCGGAAGCGACUCCAGACUCUGCAGAGUGUCAGGCCAGCCUUUAUGGAUGAAUAUGAGAAGACUGAGGACGAAUUGCAAAAGCAGUAUGACAUUUAUCUAGAGAAAUUUCGAAAUCUGGCUUAUCUGGAACAGCAACUCGAGGAUCAUCACAGGAUGGAGCAAGAGAGGUUUGAGGAAGCUGAAAACACUCUCCGUCUGAUGCAGAACAAGCUAAAGGAGGAAGAAAAGCGACUGCUCAAGAGCAGAAGUCGGCCAGGAGUGCCUGAAGCAGCCCUAAGUGAUAAGCCUGCAUGGAGUUUAUCCCCUUCCGAGAGGCCCAGCACAGGUAAUGAUGACUCCGACAUUGACAUCCAGGAGGACGAUGAAUCCGACAGUGAACUAGAAGAGAGACGGCUGUCCAAGCCACGGACAGUCAUGGAGGCGCUCUUGCAAGGACGACCCAGCAAACGUGUCGUGGGCACAAUGCAAGGUGGAGACUCGGACGACGAUAUGGAAGCGGCACCAGCUCUCUUAGGUAAAUGCAAGACUUCCAGCUCCAGGAAACAGGAAGACUCAGAGGACAGUGAGAUUGACAUGGAGGAUGAUGAAGACGACGACGAUUUGGAGGACGAGAGCAUUGCUCUCUUACCAGCUAAGCCCAGUCAAAGAGUCCGGAAACCUGAGCCCCUGGAUGAGAGUGACAAUGACUUCUGACCUUCUUGCCAAGGGAUCCAGGCAGAUUAAAACCCUCAGAUUUGUAGGUAAAGGGGAAAUUAAAGGGUCAGAAGGAAGUAGGCAUUUUGUUGGAUAAGCCAGCAGGACUCAUUGUUAAUGAAGCAAAACCUGUUUCCGCUUUAGCCUCCCGUGUGUUACUCUACACACUCCAAAGCUUAAACGAGAACCGGAGCAAACCCCAAAGAUGAUUUUUUUUUUCCCUUAUCUAUCUCCUAAAACUUGGGAAAUGCAUGUGUUCUUAGUGAUUCACAUCCACAGGACAAAACCUUGAGAAAUAACAGCCAAUGCUGUGUAAGUCUUGCCUGUUAUUUUUGUCACACUUUUCCUCUAAAAGUCAGCCGGACCUUCGAGUCCAGACCUGGGGCUAGAACUGGGCACAGGACUCAUUUCAGGAGUUGUGGGGGAGUGUCUGACUAUUCAUCACAUACAGUUCAGAAUGUUUAUUUUAGAUCAACUUUUGAUUCUAGCCUUUAUUUUCUUUCUUCUGCAUGCUCACAAUACCAAGCUUUAAAUGUAUUUUACUAACUAAACUUUUCUGAAGGAAAAUCAGCUAACUCGGAUGAAAACUAGCUUUCCUUGAAAAUCAGGCAACAGAGAGAUGCUCCAGAUCAUACAUACUCCAUUUUCUCUCAGAAGGCUGACAUUCCUCCUUAGGAAGGAGCAAAUUAAGGAAAAAGUUUUGGUACGGAUUCAUGUUUCUGACCUAAAAAAAUAAACCAGAAUUGAAUUUGAUAGAAUAGCACUAGAAGAAUUUCCCUUCUGUGAAAGGAGAAGUGACAGAUAGGUGGAGUUUGGUUUUGUCUUGUUAAUAUGGAAAGCACAGAGGAGUUUUCAUUUAUUUUCAAUUAUAAAGUCAGAAGACUUGUGAAGUUCUCUCAAUAAACUUAUUUAAUACCA